UUAUUUCUCGUGGUGGUGAGAUGCCCUUGUAACACCAUCAUGUGUAGCCGAUAGUUUCCGUGUUUUCGGAGAUCCCACUACUACUACUACUACAACUAUAAAUACUCCACACGCGGAGCCGAAGUCACCACAAUUUUAUUAAGAUAAGCAGGGGAAAUGGCGGAUCCGUCCGGCUACUCUGGCGCCGACGGCGUGUACAGGUCGCUACGGCCGGCGGCGGCCUUCCCAUCGGAUCCGGACCUCUCGAUGUUCGGCUUCCUGUUCCGCCGGCCGGCCGCCUUCCCGGAGCGGGUGGCCCUGGCCGACGCCUCCUCGGGUGACUCGCUCACCUUCGGCGCCCUCCGCUCCGCCGUCUGCUCCGCCGCCGCCGCCCUGUCCUCCCGGCUGGGCGUGUCGAAGGGCGACGUCGUCCUCCUCCUCGCCCCCAACUCCCUCCUCUUCCCCGUCUCCUUCCUCGCCCUCGUCUCCCUCGGCGCCGUCCCCACCACCGUCAACCCCCUCUACACCCUCCCCGAGAUCUCCAAGCAGGCCCUCGACUCCCGCUGCCGCCUCGCCAUCACCGUCCCCGACCUCUGGCCCAAGGUCGCCCCGCUCCGCCUCCCCACCGUCCUCCUCGACUCCCCCUCCCCCUCCCGUCUCCGGCCGCCCCCCGAAAAGGACGCCCCGGCCGUCUGCUACUACUACUCCGACCUGGUCGCCGGCUUCUCCGAGUCGGACUUCUCCCCGCCCCCGAUCAAGCAGUCGGACACGGCGGCGCUCCUCUACUCGUCCGGCACCACCGGGGCCAGCAAGGGCGUCGUGCUCACCCACCGCAACUUCAUCUCCGCCGCCGUCAUGGCCGCCGCCGACCAGGACGCCAGGGGCGAGGGCCCCAACGCCUUCCUCUGCUUCCUCCCCAUGUUCCACAUCUUCGGCCUCUCCAUCAUCACCUUGGCGCAGCUCGCGCGGGGGAACACCGUCGUCGCCAUGGCGCGCUUCGACAUGGACGCCGUCAUGCGCGCCGUGGAGCGCUUCCGCGUGACGCACCUCUUCUGCGUGCCCCCCGUCAUGAUCGCCCUCGCCAAGCUCGGCCGGGCCGGGAAGUACGACCUCAGCUCGCUCAAAUUCAUCGGCUCCGGCGCCGCGCCGCUCGGCAAGGAGGUCAUGGGCGAGGUCUCCAAGAAGUUCCCCGACGCCGACGUCGUUCAGGGCUAUGGUAUGACCGAGACUUGCGGGAUAAUAUCAGUAGAGUACCCCAUCAAGGGGGAAGCUCGCCAAUAUGGUUCAACUGGAACACUUGCCUCAGGAGUUGAAGCUAAGAUUGUUGAUGUGGACACAUUGAAGCCUCUUCCACCCAAUAAAUUAGGAGAAAUAUGUGUUCGAGGACCAAACAUAAUGCAAGGUUAUUUCAACAAUCCUCAAGCUACCGCCUUGACUUUGAAACAUGGUUGGUUGCAUACUGGUGAUCUCGGCUAUUUUGAUGACUGGGGACAACUUUUUGUUGUUGAUAGACUCAAAGAGCUCAUCAAGUAUAAAGGUUUCCAGGUUGCGCCUGCGGAGCUUGAAAGUUUACUUCUUUCUCAUCCUGAGAUACUUGAUGCGGUUGUCAUUCCGUUUCCUGAUGCUGAAGCAGGUGAGGUUCCUAUUGCUUAUGUUGUCCGGUCUCCUAACAGUUCGCUGACUGAGGAGGAUGUACAGAAAUUUAUUGCAAAGCAGGUUGCUCCUUUUAAGAGAUUGAGAAGAGUUACCUUCGUUAACAGCGUGCCGAAAUCAGUUUCGGGGAAAAUCCUAAGGAGAGAACUCAUUGAGAAAGUUAGAUCAAAGUUAUAGGAAUUAUAUCUUUCUUAUUUCAGGCACAAUGCGACAGCCUUUUAUAUCAACGAAACGAUUAUAAUGUCUUUGUUGUUUAAUGGCAUUGUGCAAUAAAGAUCAUUGAUCAUAUAGCGAUGUCAGUGAAAAUUUGAAGCUGGAAAUUUAAUUUCAAACUUGUAUUCUAAAUAUAAAUUGGAAUGUGUGUGGGAUAAUUCUUUAUUU